UUUUCUAUACGAUGUUUUUCGAGACACCGCCACGCAGGUUGUUUUGUUUUUCCGCGUGUGAUAUCAAAACAAAUGACUUUAUUCUCCUUGUCCUGAUCAGUUCUUUCAGUACCUCGCCUCAACCAAAUGCAGGACUCGUCUGCUCGCCCACAUCCAGAUAAAACACAUAAGUUUUAAAUUGGAAAGAUACGGCAUUCAAUGCGUCGUAAAAUUACCUUAUCGUACGUGUCUGAGUUUUCUCUUUUUUCUGUUGUAUCGACAUACUGCGUUGUAAUGUCCUACGUAUUUUUCCUCGUUCCCAAGAACGUGCACUUCUAGAGUGUACCUGUGGAAAUCGGCCUAGUCAUGCGAUUAUUUCAUUUCCACAAGUACAUCAAAUGCACUGUUUUUGAAUAACCUUUGUACACCUUUGCGUUUCUUACUCCUCGAAAAAACUAACAUUGCUGCUACAGAAAUAUUUUUUGCUUAAAUAACAGAAUAAUUAUUCUCAGUAAAAAUAGACUGUUGUCAGCAGCGAACCACACAAUGAACUGCAAUUCUUGCUCGCCCAAAAUAUUGGAAACCCAAAAAAACUUUUCAAAAGCUUGACUUCUCGCCUACUGUAUUCUCGUUUUAUUCAACCUGGAUAUCUUAUAAUCAUAUUAUUGCUGCUCAAUAAAACUCAUUUCAAUUAGUCAGGACUGCUGCACAGCCAGCUGUUCUGGUAUUCCUACUGACAAUCAGGUGUUUGCUUCUACUUCUAGAAUCAUCUCUCCUGGCUGUCAGCGAAAAAUACACAUCACCGACAAGCUGGCCGGAACUCACUAUAAUCGUAGUGCGGAUCGCUACAAUCUAUUUCUCCGGCGCAGUCGUGCAGAACUUGUGGCAGUAAAAGUAAUCGGGCAGAAUUGUCAAAAAUGCAGUGGCAAAGCAAAUACACGACCCGGGGGCUUCCUUUCUGCGAUAAAUACUCACAAAAAGGACAAGAAACACCGCGAUGGAUUCUAGUGGCGCCCCCACUUUGUUUUUAGUAUCUUAACUAUUAUGCAGGUGCCAAUGCCCAUACUGUAUGGUCUUCGUCCGUUCACGGACCGAUGGGUGCCUACAGCGGCCCCCGCCCCCGAAGGGGGGCAAGGUCGCCGUUUGGUGGUGCGCGAGCACACACCCGAACGCUGAAACGCACCGCGAGCGUCCUUCAGAAGUGGCGGGGCGGGCAGUGGGCCUCACCCCUAGAGCACACAUAGCCUUCGGCUCUGAUGUGAGCUAGACUAUACUCCCAAUCGUGCUGCCUGAGGCCCGCCCUCCCGCCAGUUGUGAUGCCUUUGCGGGGCUAUGGUAGUGCCAUACUUUCAGAACACUGUGGUAACUGUGGGGCCACGGAAUCGUCCGGGACGCAUGGUUUGCUGCAUGCGGUUUCAUUCAUUUGGGUAAGCGUGUGUGCCUUCAACCGAUGUUGAAUUGCAUCACUCAUCUGCGGAUCAGAAUGAAACGAAUCAUCAUUCGAAUUUGAUGGAGAUCGAGACUAGAAGGAAUCGCUCAAAUCAGAUGCAGGGAGAGAAAUGGGUACUCGAUCGAAGAAAUAUAUAUUUUUUGAAAAGAAUCUGGACGAUGGGACUCAUCCCACGAUAAUAUUUCUUGGAAUUCAGAAACAGAGCAGCUUGAUUUGUCUGUCUGAGGUUCUUCUACCUGAGCCGUGUUUGACGGCAGUUCGCAAUACGGCACUUUCAGAAACACAACAUACAGGCUGAGGUCCGGGUUUGUCGCUUUUGGAUCACGAGAGAGACGUGGUCAGCGAGGUCUAAAAAGUAGCGCAUUUCCGUUGUGAUCGCGAGAAAGUCUUCUACUAGCGCGCGCGAGUCAGUGUUGCUGAGUCUCGACGCAUGUUCUUUCAGUAGAUCUCGCGUGCACUGCAGUCGUUUUUUGGCAUCCUCCAGGAGACGACCGAUUACAUCUUCCUCCACCGGUGGCACAGCUGCCAGGCACCAUGGCGACACGCAGUGUUCUACUACACGGUAGGUCGGUGUGUCGGCACCUGUAGUGUUCUUUCGCUUAUGCAUGGUUAUGGAGGGGGGCAUGGAACUAGAAGUGAAGUUCUGCAUCAUCACUAAGACAUCACAAAAUAGGGAGAGACUAUACCUUUUUUGUGUGGGGUGGGUGCUUGUGGUGUGUGUUGUGCCGUUGGUACCGGUGGUGAUCGGGCGGGCGCCAAAUUACCUGUGUUUCGAGUUUGAGCUGAUCGAAUGCAUCGCAUGUGACUGCGCGCAUACCAAAACACAGGCAACAACAGGCCAAGACCUAAGAAAAAAUAAGAAUACUUCUUCUCGGUGUCCUGUUUCUUGGUGUCAUCGCUGGUCCCGAUAGUUGUCUUCGAGGAGGAGGAUGAAGACGCGGGCGUCGAGGGCGAGGGGGCAGAUUCACGGUCGUCGCAGAAGAGAAUGAAGUCAACGGCUUCCCGGCCGUCGGUCCAGGGGUAGAGGGAGCCGGUCGGGCUUGGUCGCCUGAUCGUCGUAGCGGGCACGGGACGCGGAGAGCCGCGCAAGCGUGGUGUCGAGGCACUCCUCUUCGGACAGGCAUUUCCGGAGGAAUAUCUUGCUGGCGCGCUCAUUGAGUGCUUUCUUCAAUUUCUCAUCUUUGCACGCAGAGAUAGCCUCGCGAUACGAGUCUCUCCAUAAUUUAUCGCUCUGCGCCUGGACACAAACAAACGCAUCAUGUGAGAUUAUUUUCUGCAUGGAGACGUAGUUGUAAAAGAAGAUGGCGGCACUCUUUUCAAAAUCCUGAGAGAACUCUUCUGGCGUCAUCGGACUGCUUUCCUUCUUAAAGGGCAACAUGGCUACUACGUGGUCCUAUGAUGUGUCGCUGUGCUGUGGUCCCUGCUCAAGAACAAGACAGAGCAUUUUUUUUUUGGAAGAAAAAGCAAAGCGCGCUCGAAGUCGGCGCUGUUCGACAGAAACUGACCUCUUUGUUUUUGAAAAAAUUCUUUUCCAUCAAUAUUCAUCUUUGUCGAUCGGUUGGUGAAGUUCUUCUGUGAGAUAAUUGAAGGCUUCUUUGGCCACAAAUAGUGGUGCGUCUAGAUGAUCCUUGUAGUCGAGUGUGUACCCACGAAAACUGGUCAUCCAGUUGUUGCUGCUCCAAUCAAAAUGGAGAGAAAUGCGCUUUUGUGUCUCAUUUGGAACUUGAUUGAGCUCUUUGAUGUUGCAACGUGCCACUGCCUUGCGUACCACUAACGCAAGCGUUCUUCUGGGGCCAUGUCCUGUGGUUCCUGCGUGUUUGGCCGCUAGCGCUAGCUUGGCGGCGGUGUAGGGGAGUGACAUGCCGCUGAGUCUCGCUGGGACGUAGGAGGGAAAUUGGACCUGCGAUACCGUUGAGCUGCACUUGGUUGUCACCAACGCGGUCGCCCACUUUGGGUCGUCUGUGUUGGGCUUGACGAUGUCGAUUGACUGCAUUGAGGCAGCUCGCAGUCCGGAGCAAACCCAGAAGCGUGCAAUGUUCUUGUCUAUUUGGUUGAGUAGUUUCACCCUGGCCGCUGUCACCGGUUUGGCUUUUGCGGCAGAGAAUUGCUCCCGUAGCCGAUUGACGGAGUUGGUGAGCAGCUUCAUGUUGUCAGUGACUUCCAUUUUGCCUGUUGUUGAUUCAGAGGAUGCGUUUGAUCACGAGUUGUCGAAUGAUGCAAGACACAUAGCGACGCAAGGUGCCACGAAAAGAAAGAAAAAGCACCUAUUUGCUUUAGUCUGGAGAUGACCGCGCAGGUGUAAUUUGCCUGGCUUCGGCUCAUGUCCAUCUCGAUGAGGAACUCCGAGACGCUGUAAAUUUCUCGCAGGUAGGUGAACGUGGGGCACUGGAGGUGCGUCAUCGGUUCGCCGUAUUUCGGGAUGUAGAUUCGGUCGCUGGGUUUGGUGGUGGUUAAUGAAUUCCACCAGCUAACGAACGACGUCCAAUGAGCUUCCCGCUGCUUGACAGAUUGAUGGGGAAAGCUCGCCUCCAUCGGCCACACCCAGAGCUGGUCUUGAUACUCGAGGCGUGCAUCGGGGUCCCUUGCUAUGUUUUUAGCCCGUGGUGGAUUUGCUGACGAGGGCUUCCUCGUACUUGAGCUUGAAGUUUUGGAUGCGAGUAGCGGCAUUGUCGAUCGCUUGCCUGAGUAAUUCACCAUAUUCAGCGGACCUGUUAUCGGCGGAUGUUAGCUUAAAGAAUGCUUGCAUCAGAGAUAGUCGCGUCAGCGCGUCCGCUGGAUUGCGCUUUGUGUUGAUGUAGUGAAUGACUGGAGUAAAUUCCAGCCCCCUCCAUAGUUGAGCGAUCAUCGAAGACAGGACUGACCCGGCGACAGCCGAUGAUGCUCCGCGAAUGAUAGCGUAUGCCGAGCCACAAUUGUCGAUGUGGCUGAUUCCUCUCGCGUGUCGGAUGUAGUUUUGCCAGAACUCUCCUGCGAGAUAGACUGCAAGCAGUUCGUACACAAAAAUCUUCUCGUCACGUAGCAAGCCCAACUGGAAGCUGGGUGCUGCCUGGAGGCCCGUUCGGGCCAUGCGUGAAGUGGUACGAGAAACAGAGAGGGACUGGCUCGUCGGCUGUGAAGAUGACUCCCCCAACAUAUACAUCGUUGCCUUCUGCUGCUGCAUCAGUGAAGAUUUCUACAGUCGCGGCUCCAUUCAGGCGCGCCGCAAGAGAUAGCGGCUUAUUUUCCUUGAUAGCUUGCUUCGCCUCUUCAACCAUGGCUGCUACUGCUAGCACGUGCGAAUCGGUGCCCUGCGUGAUGAGGUUGGAGAUGACUCGCGGGGCUGUGUACUUGGCUAGUAGGCGCACAGCGGGGCUGUGGUCUAGGCAUCUUCUGGCGAAGAUGUGACUGCAGGUGACUCCUAGUGCUUGCUGUACGUCGAGGAGGGCACACGAUCUGUCGAGGAUCGCGCUCUGCAUCCGUGUGACUGUGGUCACUGCUUUGGCGACUUUUUCUGGUGCCAUUGCGAAUGAGACGUCGUCGGCGGAGCUGGUGGCGUCGACGCCUAGCACAUCGGUGGGCACAUUCCGUUGCGCUAUGAUGUCUUUCCUGUCGGCCGAUGCGAGUCCGAGGAGGCCGAGAAACUGCUUGACUGCCUGGCGCGCUGCUGGGGCCAUCCAUUCAGGGGUGAACAGGAUGACGUCGUCCACAUAGCGCAGGCAGCUGAUGCCGAGGCAUCGCUCUAUCAUUGUUUCCACGUAGCCGCUGACUGCUCCGCAGUAAUGGUAUACCGAAUGGAGAUUGCCGAAGGACAUGGCGUUGUUGAUGAAGAAUUUGUAGCGUUGUUCCUUUGGGUUCCACGCUGCCAUGUAGUAUUCGCUGGGUUUGUUAUUGGGGAGUUGGAAAUAUGCCUGCCAUUUGUCAAUUUUGCUGAUGAAUGGCGUGAAGCCACCUACUCGCUUGGUGCGCCCUUUGAUGUUGACGUCCACCAUCUUCCAAUCCUGCCAGUUGCCGGAUCGCUUUCUUUCCUGCUCCAAUUGUUCCCUGAGGUGCUUCUUGAGUUCGACCAGGGGCGGGGCCCGUCCAGGGCAGAGGCAUGCGCGGCAUCUCUCAAUGCAGACUGGGAGGUGGGGCAUCGUCAUGUGUUCUCCGUAGGCCGACGCCACUUUGUUCGCGUGUUUUUCGUUGGCGAUUCCUCUUAUCUUGGAGAAGUGCUGCUUCUCGUGGUCCCAUCUUUGGCCGAUGUGGAAUAUGGGGAUGACUGUUUUCCCUAGCAUCUGCUCCGGUGUUGCAUCGGCUCGCAUGAGAACAGGGGCAGAGUUCGGGUCGUCUGGGUUGAAUAUGUUGCCUUGGAGCUCGUCCCAGCCGCGCUGGAGCAUCUCCGGCGUCUCGAAGGUGUGCGGAGUUGUCCUUGUGAAAUUGAGCUUGGCAAGGGCGUCGUCAGUUGCUUCCUGCGUGGUGGGGCAAUUUAGGUAGCGGACGGUCUCGUCGGGGGUCAUGUCCUUGGCUCUGUGCCAGAUUUUGUAUAGCUCAAUCGGUCCGCGGUGCGGAAAUCCCGUGCUGAGGUAACCUUUGGGACCAUAUACCCGAUCUGCCAUCGUUUCGAGCGGUGGUUCGUCUUCCGGACCGGGCGGCGCCAGCUGAUCGAGUACUACUUUGUUGAUCGUGAUGGCGUGCUGGAGGUAGUCGUGGCGUUUGGCGAGGUUCCACCACAUGAGAGGCUGCUUGACAUAUGUUUUGGUCUUGCAUAUGUCUGGCCGAUCCCGCGCGUAGAAUUCGUGUAGUGCUUGCAAAUGAGGCACCUUGGCCCGCUCUGCUUCAUAUUGCGCGAGGAGAUCCUGUUGCUCGGGUCGCACCGAGUUGCUGCGGACGUCUUCCAGGGCCAUCUGGAGGCGCUCCACCCUUUCCAGUUUUUCCUGUGGUGGGUGGUAGUAUGCGUUGCCUAUGAAGGGGGCUGAGAUAUGCAUAGUAGGUCUUCCGAUUACCAACAUGAGCGCUGUACUUAUACCUGAUCGGACGGCGCGGCGUAUUUGGCUAAGUCUGCGAUGACUUCCUCCGGGGUCGGGGCAAGAAGCGACAUGGUGACUGCAGCGAGACACGAGAGGGCGAGGCGUGGCAUUUUCAUUUGCUUUUGGGGUAAAGUACUAGCGUAAAUGGCGAGUUGCUGCUGCUAUUUUGCAACUGUUGGCGCUUCGACACAGGUGCAACGAGAUCUGGGCUCGUGGAUCCGAUGACGAACGUGUAACAGAGCUGCAUUUUCCGAAUGACCACGACACGCGAUUGAAUGCUGGGAACACUUGCUUACUUUGUCUUUGUACAAAAAGCCACAGCCAAUGGCGGAGGUUGCAAACAACUGUGCUGCGCGCGAAGACGCUGGCGAUAUUGUGUUCUGAUGGGGUAUUUACGCCUUCACCUUGUACAGAGCAGCAAUCUUUUUGGUUUCUUUAUGUCGUGACUCGCAUGGUCGAGAAACUGCGACUUUGCCUUUGCCCUUGACGUGCUUAGAUUUGGGUCGACAUUGAGUCAACUGCUCGCUGCCAUCCUUGGUUGUGCGUGUCAAGCCCAUUUCUCUAGCUACAUCGCAUAUGCACACGCCAGGUUGGCGCAGCCGUACUUUUGGAUCUGGUCCAUCAAAACUAUCAGCUAUUUGACAGAUAACCUGAUUCUCAAUUUCAUGAAAAGUGCUGGCUCGAGCUUCGCCUCGUUCUUUAAACGAUUUCUUCUUCUCCUGUUCCGCCUUUUUCUUGGCUUGUUUCUUGGCUUUCUGCUCCCGCAGCCGCUCCGCUUUAGUUUUAGCCGUGGUGGUUGUGGUCGUAGUCGUAGCAGCUUUUGUUGUUGUAGUAGACGCUGCUGCGGUGUUGCUCACUGAUGUACCGAAGGAGAAAUCCGAGGUGAAGGACGGGGGGACGCCGCCUGCGUGGCCCGUGCCGCAAUGAAUGUGUAGGUGUUGCAACGACUUCACAUAUUGCGCCGGGGACGGCUUGCUCGAUGGGUUCUCUAGCAGCAAGAAGUUGAUGACCUCGUGAAAUGCGACCACCGGGUUGAUCUUCACCCAGGUCCCCGCUUUGGGAAUUUUGCAGAUUGACGCCCGCAUGCGGUGGCAUUGCUCGUAAUCCUGGUUCCAGAGCUUGAACACGUAAGGCGUUAGCAGUACAAUCGAGGCGACACUGAAGUCUUUUAACGUUUUCUUCAAUGUCGGCUCAUCUGCGACUUCUUGUCCAGUUACUUGAGACGUUGAGAUAGCCGCUUGCUUGCACUGCUGCCUGGAACUCCUUUUUGGCCGUGGAGAGGAGUUCAUACGUGACGCCGAAGAACGAUGGUUGUAGUCCAGCACCGCUGACCGCUUGUCGGAGAGACAGGGCGACGAGGAUGCUGAUCAUCUGGUCUUUGUGCUGGGCGCCGAUAAUCGGGGCAGUCCACAUGUCUUCUACCUUCGUUUUCGCUUGUGCGCGCGUGUAGGGCACGUCGAGGGCCGGUUGAUUCGUCGCGAUUGCUACUAGUGCUUGUUUCUGAAUCCGCUCAUCGUUGUCGUCUCCGGAAAUGAGAGAGGAGCCUUCGUGCAAUGUGUGGAAUAUGUUGCUCACCUUUGCAUAUUUUUCCGCGGUCCAAGAGCGGUGGCCGUCGACAACUUGCAUGAGGUGGCAGAACAGUACUGGGCUGAGUUUCACUGUCACACUGCCCACCGUCACGUAGAAGUGCGCGGAGUCAGCUUCAAAGUGCGGGGUCUUGUUGUUGUAGUGGUCGUAGUUUAUGCCGAUUGCUUCUUUGUAAUAUCUCCGGUUGGUGAGACGGCACCGCUCCCUUGGCGCCGAGUCUGUAGCUGACUCGGCGCGACCAGUAAGCGCGGUGAUGAGGCGGCUGAUCGGAUCCUGAUCAUCCUGCUCAUUGUUCCGUCGUUGGCGGCUGCGAUCGUGACGCCGGCGCCGACUGGGGGACUGGGCUGGUGACUGCGAUGCCGACGAUAUGCUUAUGGGUGAUCGUUGUCGCUGUCUUGGUCGCCGAUCCCUGGUGAAUGAGAAUGGGUCGCCUCCUCCUUUUCCAGCUCCUUUGGAACUCGUUUGCUGGAGCAAGGUCGUGCUUUGUACUGGCGAGAAGGAGGAUCUCCUGUACCGAUCGACUGGGUCGCCGGGCGACACAGAUCGGCUGCAGGUGCGAUGAGAUGGGAGGAUGUUGGCGGCUAGUUGGACUGGUCUGCUGUGUGGAGCCGUUGCUCUGCUUCCGCGUCCUCUGCUGUCUCUUCUGCGUUGUCGUCUUCCGCGACUGUCGCCUCUGCUGUCGCGGCGUCGCCGGUUGGGCGCCGUACCCGUGGUUUGUUCUAACACGGUGGGCACUGCUGCUGCCGUGGUCGAGGAGGCCUGCGGGGGGUCCGUCUUUUUGCGCCGUGUGGUAGCAGCGGCGGUUUUUCGAGGCUGAGAUGUGGACCGCGCGGCUGUUGAUGUACGCUUCUUAACCGGUUUCUUCGCCGAUGGCUCCUCUUUCUCGGAUUGGGCAGUAGAUUCUGCUGCGCUGGUGGCAUUGGUUUCUUCUGCUUCGAUGUAGUCGUCCGAGAGUUCCUCGCCAUCAUCCUCUUCGUCCUCGUCCUCGGACGUGGUUGCUUCGACCUGAUCAAAGGGGACUUCUUUGCGCUGGUCCAGAUGGAUGGGAUGGAGAUCGUCGUAGUGCUGCAUGGCCUGCAUGUCAUUCUCCACCAGAAGUUUCCGGAGCAGGUCAUUUUGUUUUGUGAACUCAGCGCCUGCUGGCUUGCAAUGCUUCGGCUGGUAAUACCUUUUUCGGUUGGUCUGCCCCAGGUGCACGGCCGCCCUGUGGAAGUGCCUCGCGUGCUCCCUCAUCGUCCGGCUGUUGAGAUCCUUGUGUAGCGGCCAUAUGAUGCGGCAGAAUUCCAGCCAGUCGAGGUACAUCAGGUACAAAGUUGGUUCCAACUGCAUGGGGCUUUCCGGAAAUUGGUGGAGUUCAUCAAUGACGGCGCCUUGCAUCGGCACUUGUGCAUAUCGCGCGAAGCGUCCCUCUAUGUGUUCUGCUAGCCAGUUCGGGACACAUCCUGCUCGUUUUGCAUGAUACCAGGCGUAUCGUACUGAGUGGGCUGGGAGUUUGAGGUCUUUCGGUAUCACCGUCAUUAGCGUUAGUGACGUCUGGUCUCUCGCCGGGGCGGAUAAGCAAACUGCGUCGCUCAGUAUGUCGCCGCGUACCACGCUGUGAUUAGUGUGUGAUGGUUGAUAUUGCAAUAAUGUGCGCUCAGAGGUCUGCUCUCAUUAGUGGCAUUCGCAUGACACGGAUCUGCAUGACAGACAAAGAGUAGAGAGAGGGGAGGGGGGGGAUAUACCUUUUCCAGUAUCGGUCACUGCAAUGCUUGUUCGUGAACGCGUGCCCAAGUGCAUCAUCACCUGGGUGCUGUGGAUAGGUGAAGUCGGGUCGUCGUGUCGCUCCUGUCAAAAGUGCUAAUCCCGCAUUCUUCGGAUAGCAUCUUACUCCCCAGUCCCCAGCGUCCAGGGACGCUGGGCACCUGUCUUUGUGGACGUUGAUGAACAAUUUGGAUUGCAGGUCUCGGAGAGCCGACGCCGAUGGUGCUCGGUCAAGUUGCACUUGUACUAGUUCGAAUCGACGCAUUAUUUCUUGGAACGGGAGUCCACUGCUAAAUGUGAUGCUGUAGCCAUCAGCUCCUUUUGGUACUCGUUCUUGCAAUCGGCCCCAGUAGUCCAUGCGGUGGCUGUCGACGUAGACGCGCUGUGACCAGCUGAAACCUGUUGAGCUUGCUUCGAUCACCGACUGGGUCAAUUUUCAACGGCGGGACCUUGAAGGGUUGCAUCGUGGGUCUGUCGGCUGCAAUGGCGUUCUUCAGGAUGCCUCGCGGGAGUACCUCCGCUGUUGUGCGCUCCUCCGCUUUCGGCACCGGUGGGAGUGCUGCCGCGGGUUGUGCGAAGACAGAGGAUGUUGCUGGCUGUUUAUCCGCUGGGGGGGCCGCAUGCUUCUUCGGCCGUCCUCUGGACUUUUUGGACGCGUCUUCUUGGUCCGAGCUUUUGCUGCGUGAUCGCUUGUUGCCUGUGCUGGCUUUUUCUCCUGUGUCCGCCUUUUUGCUGCGAGCGGUUGUUUUCUUUUCGGUAUUGGCCUUGCUUGUCGCUGGCUUGGCCUCCUCAUCCUUGCCUUUUUGCUGGGAGGUACUGCUGGUCGCUGUGUUCUUUGCUGUGUGGUCGCUUUUGUUGCUGCUCUGUUUGCCGAACAGGUCGAACUCGUCGUCCUGCGGCGCCAACGAGGAGCAUCGAUUGCGAGUUGUUCCUUGGUCGCUCCGGAUUUGUUUUCCCAGAUCGAAUAUGCUCGGUUGUGAUGGGUCGAACUUGUAGUCGGCGAGCGUCGAGGUGACUCGGCGCGGCGAGGAAGAUUUCUUGAUUGGGGACGGGCCGAGGAAGAGCGCCGUAGCUGUUUUUUCCCUGUUGAUGAAGUUUCCUAGUACCGGGGGAUGCGACUGAUCAAAUGGCACCGACGAGCUCUUGAUACCGAAGAGAGAAGAGGAAGCAGCUUGUUGCUGUUUGGCUCUCUCCCGCGCACGCUCCUCCUGCUGUGCUUUGAUUUUCUUCACUAUGCUGUCCAUCCUUUCUCGAUCGUGCGGUCCGAUGGUCGUGGUUUGUUUCGGCGCCUCUGGUUCUGUCGGGGCGGGAAGCUUGUUCUUGGUGUCGCCUGAAGGCGGUAAUGGGGGCACGCCAGCCUCGGUUUCUUGCGUUUCAGCUGGUGGCUGCUCAUCUAUGAUACCUGCAAAGCCAAGCGCUUGAUAUUAUCACACCAUCGUGUAGCAGGGUGCCACGUGGGCCCACCAUGGGAGGGGGGGGAUUGCAUGACAGGCAAGGCGGGUUUCAUUCCAUGCGAUACAUCCUUGCUCGCAUGCAAGAGUCGAUUUUGAUUAACACAGAGUCGAUUUUUUAUACCAGCUGUAGACGGCGAAGUGGGAUUCAUGCGGAGUCUCACUGUCUUCUUGUCCUCGGUCUCCUUACCUAUGGCGUCCUCGCUGUCGAUCGCUUCCUGUAGCAUCGCGUGGUCCAUUGGAUCAAAUUGAACGCUGUGGCUAAGUUCGGAUUCGGUGAUUCUGAACUCAGAUGGCGGGUCUGGGCUCAGAUCCUUGGGGGGCACGAGGGCGACGCUCGUUCGCGGAGGGGUGCCUGGAACAGUGCGUCUUGGCAGGAGCGGGAGGUCAAAUACGGGUGGUGGGCGUACGAGAUGGAGAAGGCUGGUCACCUUCGGUGACGACGGCGUAGGUGCGUCUCGGGCGAGAAGCGGGGUAUCUGUCAAUUAAUUCUCCGUUGCAAGCGCUCUGUGGACCGACAACGAGAUUUGUUGCUUGACACUGUUUCUCACAUCAGCUGUUGUUCGUCGACAACAGUUGGUAGCUGGCGGACGCGACACGCCGUGAUGUAGUGGACAAGACUAAGUCGGGACAGCACAAACACAGGGCGGACAAGACACGCCAAAAACAAAAACAGCUCUCACUCACAAAUCACUGCACUACGUCCCUAUUUGUAAAUGUUGCCUGUCGCUGGGGCGUGGAAUUGCGGGUGGUGUUGGUACAGAAAUUCCUGGCUUCUCCUUAAUGGCGGUAAGGCGUCCUUGUCGUUGGGUUGGGGGUCGGUGCGAAGGGGGGCCAGAUGCACGGCUGUGUCGACCACGGUGCGCACGGCUGUUUCCUUCUCGACGGUCGCAGGCUGGCUUGUAGCAGCGGCAUCGGUGUGCACGGCUGUUUCCUGAGAUUUGUCGUAGUCCACGGCUUUUUCCUGAAUUUUGGCGCUGUACACGGCUGCUUCGUCCGAUACGGCCAUGCGCUCGGCAAAGGGGGUUGUGGCAGGGGGGUCGUGCGCGGCCUUCUGGUCCGCUGGUGCUGGCUCGUCUACUCGGAUCUCCUCUUGUAGCUGCAGCUUAUCUUCUUUACCUGAAGGAAAGAGAUUGAUAAUUUUUUCUGACGCAAGUGGCUUGAUCGUAGGGGCGAAUCAAUAUUCCAGGACAGAUUGCUUACAACAAUUUUUUCCUUCUACAAGCGCGCGCUGAUCAGCGUGCAACAGCAAAUUGCUAUAGAAAGCGCCAUACUGUUUUUUCGUCUGCCGGCGGCGCCGGCUUUGGGUGUCGCGGUCUUUUUUUUGUUUUUGGCCAUCUUUGUUGAUAAUUUAACUUUGAGUUUGUGAAUAGUAGUUUGCUUCCCGUCAUAAACAGCCUAAUUGGUGGGUGAAUUACGUGUAAUUCGGGCCUGCACGCAAUAACGCAAGCAACAAAGAAAGAACCGACUCAAUCCUGUUGCUUGAUCCUGCUGCUUGAUCCUGCCGAGUCGCUGGAUCAUUGAUCCCGCUGUUUGAUCAUCGCGGAACUUGUUCUCUGCGAGCUGCUGCGUCGCGAUGAGAUCUAUUUCUUGUUGGGUGUGUGGCUGCAUGGCAAGCUGCUGCGUUGCCGCAUGGCCCAUGGUUGAUCAAUGUGGAACUGCGGGCGAACAGGGUGCGAGAGCAGUGGAUCACAAAAAAGGGGCAGCAGUGACGUACUGCACAAUUACAAAGUCCUAUAAUUACUUAGUCCUCGGUGAUCGCCGGGCGGAAUCUAUAUUCGCCUUGGUCGUACCGCACUGCAAAGCGAUACUGACCAAAGUAAUCCAAUUCGAUGUUGCAAGAACGGGGCCUGUGUCCUGCCUUAUGCAUCAGAGCAACACGCUUCUCGAUGCCUUCGCUCAGCUGCUCUAGCGGCACACUUGCUAGCUCUAAGGAGUUUCUCGCUGCGAGCUCAUUAAAUCGAUCGCUCCAAGCAUUCACUUUCUCAUCAAAGUCGAGCUGGUUAUAAAAACCAGAACCGCCAGCGCCAGAGACGCAAUUCUGUAAGUCGCACUUCUGCUCGCUGGUUAGCUCGGGGGCGGCAGCAUGUGGCUUGUCGGAGGGUCCUCUCACCACGACGGAAUUUCUGUGCAGAGUCUGUUUCUCGCCCGUAUUUUGCUGCUCGAGUCGUCGCAAAUUUUGGCUGCACAGGGCCAACGGUGGAGAGCGCGCCGGCGACUUCUUGUUGCGCUUCGCUUGGCGACUCGCAGUGUACCUGUAGCAAGAAAUAAAUGGCAAUUUGCUUGUUAAAAAUUUCCUGGCAUACCGAGCACAGCAUCAACAUGGCUUCACAGAAAGGGCUGAAAAAACACACAAAUGAGGGGGCUUUUCGCACAAACGCGCCGUAUUCUUUUGCGGCUAGGGCAGUAAGAUUACCUUUCUGGCAUGCUCCCGAACUCUCGGCCCAGGGCAGCUUCUGCGGCGGCGUCAACGAAGUCCUCGAUAGACUCGGUGUCGAGCAAGUCGCUCAUGAACCGAUCGCACUUCUCCUUGGUGUCGGUUCUGGUGUGGUGCUCCACUAUGUACUGCCGCUGGGCCAUACUGUACAAGUCCAUCUUGAAUUGAUGAGAAGGCAUUACACAAGUUCUCCUAUGUUUCUGGUGAUUGUUCAUUGUGCCGAGCGAGCGAGAAAAGGACAAGAUCACAGCGUGGCGGCCGGCAUUGCCUUUUUGAGCGUGUCUAUCAAGGCCUGGGCCGUCUCGGAGAGAUGAUUUUGCGCCGCACCACCCUGGAACAACAACGCUCCUGUGGUUCGGUAGUACGUGAUCGCGACACGCUGGCCUGCGACCACGUGCGCGGUCCGUAACGCAUCACUUUCGAUUCUUUCCCAGCAUAGGGUCGACUGGCAUGUAAGUUCCACGAUCCUUACAGCGUUGUGCUCGCUGUGCACCUUAAUCGGCAUUUUCUGAUGCUAAAGAGGGGGCGAUCCUGCUAACAAUGUAGAAGAACAUCGGACAGGGUGAUCGCUGUCAGCGCACGCUGCACUGCGAGAUCCAAACCGCGGGCACGCGACGUGCUCUUGGUGGUAGCAUGGAACAGAUCGCGAUCUUUCUGGUGCGCAAAGCAAACAAAAAGUCAAAAAAGUGAUCGUGAUCUCAGUGCGAAAAACGGAAGAGCGAACAUCAAGCUUUUCCUCUUGCAAGAUCCUGCACACCUUGAGGCGAGUGCUUAGCUGAAGCGGCAGAUGUAAGCUAGUGCGCAUAAGUUCCUGUGCUGCUGUACAAAGUGAGUUCGGGAGCGAUUUACACAAGGUGUCUUGACUGCAAAUCUCGUUCGUGGCUGCGUGCAUGUCGAUGAUGGUCACGGGCGAGUGGCGGUAGCGGGUGUCACCUGAUGAUUGUGCUGUGGUUUAUGCGUCGGGCUUAGUGUGCUAACUCAAGAAACACGUCCUGCUGCAUGAUUAACUAAUAGCGUAGUACUGUACCUGUCCGCUGUCCACGGUGGGCGGGUGCAGGUCGUUCGCGAGGGUCGUCAGCGCGUGAUGCGACGAUGCCAGUCACGUCCAUGUCGGUGGUGUUGUCCUGCUUAUGCAACAAGGGGAAACACCGCCUGCUGGUGCCUUGCACGGCACCAGCAGGGCGAGAGCCGAUUGUCGUGGCUCGCAGCCAACGACAACCGGCAGCCCAUACAGGGCGGCACUGCAACACAGCUCCAGGCGAGCCGUCACUGCGUUGUAGUGCGGGAGAGCGGCGUGUGGUGCCAGGGGGGACACCGCUCGCUGCAACACGGCGUCACCGCCGCCGUGACCUGCAUGUGUGCACACACGGCACCCCCAGGGGGCAGGUUCGAUUUACCGCGUGCAAAGGCACACAGGCCUUCGCACGCGGACGUGCAGGUGGGAUCUGCGCGUGCGGUACUGUGAGCUGGCCGUGCGGGCGCAGGAGCCCGCACGUACAACUGCACUCAUGCUGGCGGGCACGACCGUGUGCGCGCGCCAACAAGUGAAGCUGCCUCUGUGCCGAGCCGUGCGCACUGGCACACGCAUGUGCGCCAACGUGCGCGCGCAGGCCGGCGAUCGCGCGCAUGCCCGCUGGCAUGCGUGCGAGGCAGGGUCGAGAGCGUGUGCACACGGUUGUGCAACCACGCGAGCACGCCUGCGUGACGCGCAGGUCGCGCAGGGCAGGACGGGCGGGUCGUGCGAGUGCAACAAGGCGUUGCCGCCGCUGCCCGACCGUGCAGUGCAGGGGGGAAGGACGGCGUGUCGUCCCACAUCACAGUGGAGGGACACGCCGGUGCCACGGGUGGCACGAGAGGUGGACGGGGAGCGCUACGCGCGCCCCCCGGGAGGACGUCAGGAUCGCAGGCGCACGAGCGGUGCGCUGGACCCACGACGCCACCCGCGCCGCACUUGGAUGUGCGGGCGGGAGGCCCAUGCGCCCGACCCUCACCUACGAGGUCGCACGACGCACGGGCCUAUGCACUUACACAACCCUAUCUGGACCAGACGGGGAAGUGCAAGGCGGCGGGGGCGCGGCAGCUGCCAGAGCAGCGCCCCCUAGGCAUGAAGUGUGAGUGCCGACACCGACGCGUGCACAGGUCUUCUAGCCUGUACACCGGUGGAGCAUAACACACACGCCUUGCGGUGUCCAACCGCACGUUGCUCGGUUCCCCUCGGGGAAGCUGGCAGCGUAAGAACGCGUGCUGCAGAGGCAGCACUGGGUGCGAAGGGGUGCUCGCGCACCACAGACGCGUGUCGUGAGGGACACAAAGUCGCAUCGACGCGACGGUGCUGCGUGAGGUGCAGCGCUGCGUGAGGUGCAGCGUGGCGCGAAGACGCAGCCACAGUGCCGACGGGCACAGAUUCAUCGCAGAUGAACCGAUGGUGUACCAAGAGGUGGUAACUUUGUCAUCCAGGACAAGAGAAGUUGACCUCUCCCCCGAGGUGGGACGGUCGUUUUGUACCCGAGACCCACCCCCAGUCGCACAGCGAAAGGAGGCAGGGUCGAGCACAAACGACCGGUGGCGAAGGCCACGAAGAGGCGGUGACAGGUUGCCAGACAGGCAGCUGUCGCCGCGUGAGGGUCGAAACCGACACGACAACGAGUGCGGCUGAGCCACACAGUAUGUCCAACCAAUUCGUCGAGACCGCUUACGCGCGUAAACACCCAUCAGACCAAACAGCAUGGGCGGCACCUCAGUCUAGUUACCAAGUCCUCAAAAGGCUUUCUUGAGUACUCGCAGAAGUAGCUCGCUUGUUUUGUCGUUGCCGAAGCAGAACAAGGAAAAUGGAACCGCCUUAAACAUACUCGUAAAAAGAGCACACCUUGUAGUUCUUACAAGCAAAAACUUCUACUCACGCGCGGUUUCGUUUUCGCCCCACUUUUUUUUGGCUGGGUCUUUCCAACGGACAUGAACCGCUACGAAAACUCUAAGUCGAGCUUCGCCGGCGCCGCUGGGAAGGUGGUCAUGACAGCAUGAUAGGAAUGCCGUCAAGUAAUUAAAAAGACAAGAAAAUAGCUUCUGUUGUAACGCUUUUUAAUCAGGCCCGCCAAUACCACAUACAAAUACAGAUCAUCAUCAUUAAGUAGAAGGUGUGAUUACAGAUAGAAGUCAAAAGAAGUUGCAAUUUUGUUUUUUUUCGUAGUUUCCGACUUUUCGGAACCACUCUUAGCCACUCUUUCGUGGUGUCAAACAAUUUUGGUUGCACGGGAAAAUAAAAGAAGGAUAGUUACAAGACUGUUUGUUGCAUAGAUCUGUUGUUAUUCAGUAUCGACGUGUGCAAAACUACAUUGCAAAAAGCAACAUGUGCGGAAGUUUUUCAUUCAAGCUGGUCUUCACGGGAGAUGAUGCACUUGGUGCUGGUCGUGUUUCAUUUUUCAAAAAGAGUGCAUCAGUAGUCGAUCCUUAUUUUUGCGUAGCGGAAAGGUUGAAAAUAUAAAAUGUUGCUUUUACAUACAGAUCCCGUUGGGGAGAAAUACAAAGUAUCAUAUAUAGAAUUAUCGGCAUGCUAUGUAGCAUUCAAGACGUUCGCUCAUGGCAUUGCACUUUUAUGGUGGAACUGCACACGAACAAAACCAAGGCGUGAGGAGGCGUGGCUUACUAUAAAAUAAAAAUGCAAAUAAGUCUAGGUCUGGAAAAAUACUGCAGAGUUUUUUGUCAUUCAGCUUGUUCAUGCUCCAAGAGGUCAGGAAUGCAGGAGAACCUGGCAUGAACAUGAUCACAGGCAUCGCGCAUGACGGUGCUCUCCCAACAUCCCGAUUCCGCAUGCGAAAUCGUCCAUAAUUCUCAGAUUGAGAUUGACAACCAAUCGACGCACAUAUAAUUCCGCUGUUCGUGCAAGACAAAUUUUUACGACAAUCUUCGCAGAGCUCGCAUCACAAGUUUGCAUCAACGCCGACCCAGACUUGUAUUUGCAACGGAUAGAUACUAUUGCUACGGAGUUGGAGGUGUGGCUUCGGGGAGUGUGAACGUGCGAAGACCAAGACCCAAACAAGAAACGAUCCAAGUAGAACAAUCUGUAAUGCCUAUUUGGUACCUUGUGUGGGUAGCUUUGCUUGUGUGUCACGGAAAUUUAUUUUCUUAUUCUUUAGCCAUUAAGGCUGGUCUCUGUAGGGUUGUGUUGCAUCACAUGCAUUACAAACCACUUAGUUUCUCAUACAGUUUCUUAUACUGUCUCUGUGUGCAUCAUACGAUUAGGUGUAAUCUUAUGCACAUGAUCACUCAUCUGAUUUCCAUCCUGUGUCAUCGUAUACUUGGAUCAUUCACAUUGGAUCUUGGAGCACUAGGCGAUUACCGCGCAAUAACCUCCCCGGCUCCUAGUCCAAUAGAAUGUCCUUCAGAAAAUGGAAACAGAGCGAUAAACUCUUUUUUCGUGUAUCUACAAUUGAUUUCUUUUCUUCAAAAUUAUAGUACUAGAAUGUGUAUCGACAGUGUACUUUUAGAAGAAAGAACUUGUUGCUACGAGUGA